AACAAAAUAAUGUCAUUAAUCAAUAAUGAAAAUAAUGUAUUUUUUAACAAUAACGGAUCACAUAUAAUAGUCAAAUCAACUUGUAGUUUUCAAAUUCCAGAGACUACCUAAAGGUAGCACCACUGACAGUAGUCCGUCCUUGGCUAAUGGAUAAGCUAACUAGUCCGGGCUAGCAAAAUAACAAAUACGAAGCCUCUUCUGUUUUGCAUUUUGGACGUUGUCGCAGGUCAGGAUAAGGUUGAUUUAAUGUCCCUUAGUCCUGUUGACCAGGGGCGUCUAUCUCAGACUGCCAAAGACGAAGACCAGCUGAACAGCUCUGGUCAGGCUGCGACUGCAGAGAACACACAUGUGGACCAGGUGUUGCCAGUUGUGGACAAAGCCUCUCCCGGUUCGACUUCAUCCUUUGAGAUGCUCGACAUGGAGCCUGUCCGGCCUCCUUACCAAAAAGUGCAGCCUCAUUGGUUCUUCUACAAACAGGGCGAUGACAAUGUACUCUGGCUCCCUUUUAGCAGAGAAGACUCAGACAAAUUAGAGAAUGCCGACAAUGCAAGAGGCAACGAGGAGGUGGUUGUGGCUGUGGAGGGUGAGCGCUAUGAUGUACAUGUCAAGGAGAGAAAGCGCUAUCCUGUAUACUGGGAACAAGCUCCGACUGAAGUUCGCCGCUGCACGUGGUUCUUCAAGGGAGAUAAAGACUUAAGGUUCAUGCCAUACUCUGAAGACUUCAGCAACAGUCUGGAGGAUGCCUAUAUGAUCGCCGUUACUUUAGAUGAGUGGAAAAGGAAGCUCGACUUUCCCACGGGAGAGACGGUCAUUUUACACAAUCCCAAGCUGAUAAUGCACUACCAGCCGUUAGGAUUUCAGGAAGACUGGGUCUCCUCGCCAUCUGAGAACACCCGUCCUAGAACAGUCAAACGUGGCAUAAACAACAUCCCUGUAGAAAUACAUGAUGGUGAACCAGAAAAGGUGGACCAUCUUGUUUUUAUGGUCCACGGCAUCGGUCCUGCAUGUGACUUGCGCUUCAGAUCCAUUAUACAGUGUGUGAAUGACUUCCGUAGUGUGUCACUGUCCUUGUUGGCUUCUCAUUAUAAGAAUGCUCAGUCAGAGGGCAAGGUUGGAAAAGUGGAGUUCCUCCCAGUGAACUGGCACAGCGCUUUACAUGGAGAUGCCACCGGUGUGGAUGAGGACAUCCAUAGGAUCACUCUGCCCAGCAUCAGCAGACUGAGACAUUUCACCAAUGACACCCUGCUAGACUUGUUUUUCUAUAAUAGUCCCACGUACUGCCAGACCAUAGUGGACACAGUCGCCUCAGAGAUUAACAGGCUACACACUCUCUUUAAGAAGAGACACCCCAAGUUCAAGGGAGAAAUUUCUGUCGUGGGUCAUAGCCUCGGUUCAUUGAUCCUGUUUGAUAUGCUGACCAACCAGAGAAGUGGUUCCGAAUCUGCAAGAGAGGAGGUGCUGUCUGAUGACCUGUGUGAUCCCGAACAUGAUACACUGGAACAGACUCUCACCCGACUGGGGCUGCAGCAAUACUCACCCACAUUAAAGGCAGAAAACUUGGACCUAGAAUCCCUGGCUCUUUGCCAAGAAAAUGACCUCAAAGAUUUAGGAAUUCCUCUUGGACCCCGAAAGAAGAUUCUGAAAUAUGUCAGGAGAAAAUGUUUUUCAGAGGAUAACAAAGCUGGACGCCUGGCUUCAGUGCUGGAAGGUUCUCUUGGCAGUGAGGGCAACGCUAACCAGUCUCCAGGAUCUGCAGUCAAAAAGGGCCAGUUCCUCAGAACACAGUCCAUCACCGGCGCUGUAGAUUAUGAAUAUUUCAACAUGGGCAUCGGACAGACCAGUGGAAGCCUAGCCAAGGGACAGGUAUCCAUCGAUUACCCACAGCUGGCGUUCCAGCCACAGACCUUUUUUGCGUUUGGAUCCCCCAUUGGAAUGUUUCUAACUGUCCGUGGACUUAAACGAAUCGAUCUCAACUACAGCUUCCCAACCUGCGAGAGCUUUUAUAACAUCUAUCACCCGUUUGAUCCUGUAGCUUACCGGAUUGAGCCCAUGAUUAUUCCAGAAGUUGAUCUGGAACCAAUGCUAAUUCCGCACCAUAAAGGCCGUAAGAGGAUGCACUUGGAACUGAAGGACAGCUUCACCCGCAUGAGCAUUGAUUUAAAGAAUAAUGUCCUGGGAUCAUUACGGACAGCUUGGCAGUCACUUUCCAGACCUGUUGCUGCACUGCCCCCAGUAGAUGAAGGAAAAACUACAACAGAGGGAACUCUUCAGGAGACGCAAGCGUUGGCUGCAGUUUGCGCUUCUGGUCAGAGGGAAGAAAAAAGUGGUGACUUUUGGACUAAAAUAUUGGAGUGGCCCAGGGCCCUUCAUAGGCAUUACUUCCAAGGCGAGAGCGAGGAGGCGGAAUCGUCCGUAUCAACGGAGCAGCCGCAGCAGGCAGAGCAAGCGCAAAUAAAAGUGGGCAUGUUGAAUGGAGGGCGACGGAUCGACUUCGUGCUUCAGGAAAAACCGAUAGAGAGCUUCAAUGAAUAUUUGUUUGCCAUUCAGUCUCAUCUUUGCUAUUGGGAAUCCGAGGACACCGCUCUGCUGCUGCUGAAGGAGAUCUACGACAAACUGGAUGUGACAUUGGAUUAGACUCAACAGUCAUUUGAUUUUCCUCAAUAGACCCCACUUCAGUAACCUGAGAGCAGGAACACGAAGGUUGCGCAAACCUCCUCCAGAAUCUGAGAGUGGAGUCUCUUUUGGUCAGGUGAUCUCUGGUCGGAUAUGUCAGUCAAUAUUUCCUUCGUCUCACAAGUGGGGUCGCUCGGUGUCUACUUGUUGAUUCUCCUGUCAUGAUACGCAAUUGCACUUUUCUUGUCUAGUUUCCUUACCGUGCACUUUCACUGUUAUCAGCAUAACAUGCGCACAACUGUUAAAAAAAUAGUACGGAAGAUUUUAUGUUAUUAUGACCACAAAUGUGUUGGGUUGCUGAAACACGAUUUAUAAUAAGAGUUCAAGGGAGUGCUCCCUUAUGCUCUUAGCUUUUUAUACACCGCAAUUCAUUUUGUUCUGAUUGACUGAAAUACUUGUUUUGUGGAUUCGCCAAGGUUCUCUUCCUGCUCGCCCAAAGAAACCAAAAGCUGCUGCCCUCAUAAUGUGCAAUUUCGCAAAAAUGCCGACGUAAUGUGAUUUUCAUUUGCGCUUUAUUCUUUUUAUUUCCCUUCCAUCAUAUCCACACGUGUGUGUGUAAAACAUUGAAUCCUGAAUCUAUUUUAAAAGUCUGCUCUUAACAUAUAAUACUGUAUAAUACCAAGAGUGGCGGAGAAGUUUGCUGAACUCGGUUUGAUCAUGUCCAGGGCCAAAUUGUGUUUCUCUUCUGCUGUCCUUUGUAUCAAGGGACUGUCAAAUUAAGAAUUUGCCUCUGCGUUACACGUACAGCGCGCUUACGUUUGACCAUCUCAACAUUUUGCAAAAUGUUCACAAAUAUGUGCAGAAGUAGGAUCGUUGUCACUGUCGUAUAGAUAAGAGCUUAAUCAACACAUGAACCCAAAUUUUAAGAUGCUCAAAGGUAACUGUCAGUUUUUAUUCAAAUCCAGAAGUUCUCGUUCACCCUCUCCCAGCCACCUUACCAACUAGACUGAUACUCUUGUUUUUGUUUUAACCAUAUCAGUGAAACGUUUGAUCACACAUCUAUUUGUGUGUCAAAGGAUAUUCUGCACUCUCCAAAGAUGCACUGAUCAUGUAUUAUGCUGUAUGAUUAUACUUGACAACUCCUCUGCUUAUGCCAUGCACCCUUGAUUUAUGGUGAUGCGCACAAAAAUAAUGGCUCUUUAUACCACUUUUGUGUGCCAUAAUAAAACAAUGUCUUCACAGA